AUGGCGAAUAAAUACCUCGGAGGAUCUGGCAAUAGGCUCACCGUAUGGAUAUCCAUAGCAGCUUCCACCAUGCUUAUAUUUUAUGGCUAUGACCAGGGAGUGUUCGGCAAUGUUCUUAUCGGUGAAGACUUUUUGCAAACGAUGGGCCAUCCGUCCACAAACCUACAAGGCACCAUGACCUCGGUUUACAACAUUGGAUGUUUCGUUGGUGCUAUGUCAACUAUGUGGACAGGCGAUUAUUUAGGCCGGCCUCGCCAGAUCAUAAUCGGCAGUACCAUCAUUGCUAUCGGCGGUAUCAUCCAAGCUUCUGCGUAUAGAGUUCCUCAGAUGAUGGUAGGGAGAGUGGUGGCUGGUCUCGGUACCGGGAUGAAUACCUCAACAGCUGGUGUGUGGCAGUCAGAGACGAGCAAAAUGAAUAGCAGAGGCAAACUCGUUAUCAUCCAGAUGGCGAACUGCAUCGCUGGCUUCUCACUUUCGAACUGGCUUACCCUAGGAUUCUCCUUUGCCGCAGGGAGUAUUGCUUGGAGGUUUCCCCUGGCAUUUCAGGUGUUUUUCACCCUUUGCAUAUACGCCAUGUGUCCAUUUCUACCAGAUUCGCCCCGUCUACUGAUUCGGAAGGGGAAAUACAGUGAAGCGCGUGAAGUACUAGCGGCGUUAGAAGGCAAUGGAGCAACGGCUGAUUCGCAUUCUGUCAAAACCCAAUUUAAUGUGAUCAAAGAUAUAUUGGAUCGUGAGAAUUUGAACUCUUACACGUGGUUGCAGCUAGUAACCGGGAAGGGGCCCUCCGGUAUCCUCAGACGCAUGGUCCUAGGGGCAUGGAUGCAGGCAAUGAACCAAAUAUCUGGAAUAAAUGUUACUUCUUACUAUAUGUCAUACGUCUUUAUACACGCACUCAGCCUUUCCCCGCUCCUUUCACGAAUACUCGCAGCAGCCGGGAGCGUGGACUACCUCGUUUUCUCCUGCCUUGCCUACUUCGUUAUUGAGCGUUACGGACGCAGGAAAGUAAUGAUGGCCUCCUCCCUGGCUUGUUCGGUAUGCUUCAUAGUGAUAACUAUCUCCCUUUCUCUUUCAGAAAAUGGCCACGGCGAUAAGUACAAGUUUGGUAUAGUGGCUGUUUCUUUUUUCUUUGCCUUUUUUGCCAGCUUCGGGAUGGGCGUCCUUGGUGUUCCAUGGUUAUACCCUACAGAGAUAAACGCUCUAGAAAUGAGGACCAAGGGAGCUUCUUUGGCCAUGGCAACAAACUGGAUUAUGAAUUAUAUGGUUGUACAGAUCACCCUUCCUGGUAUCGAAAAUCUAGGUUGGAAAUUCUGGAUUAUCUGGGCCGUGUUAUGUUUCUCCUUCAUACCAACCACAUACCUUUUCUAUCCGGAAACCGCCAACCGAACACUAGAAGACAUUGACCGAUAUUUUGAAUCAAAUAGAGAGGUAAUAGUGGCAUUCAAUAAAACGGCAACCAAACUCAGUCGCCCUGAGGAAUAUAUCCGUAUGGACGAAGAAAUUUCCAGAAGAGAAGCCGUGGAAAAGUCGAGCGGCUCUACUACUAUGCUGAACAACCAAUCUACAGAUCAGGUUGAUCAAGUAUAA